CUCUGGACUUUGCUUUCGACCAAGCCCACGUCAGCCAUUCCGACAAGACAAGAGGAGCACCAGCCCUAAAAUCCUAGAAGAGGAGCUACCCCGCCGCCGCCUCCGCCUCCGCCGCAACAAAGAAGGUGACGCCCGAUGCCGAAAUCCAAGCGCAACCGCCCAGUGACCUUAUCAAAGACCAAGAAGAAGCCAGGUUUAGAGCGCAAGGGCAAAGUAGUCGCCGAAAUCAAACAUGCCAUCGAGCACUACGCCGACGCCUAUGUCUUUACCUACGAUAACAUGAGAAAUCAGAAGCUCAAGAGCCUCAGGGAGCAGCUCAAGUCCUCUAGCAGGAUAUUUCUUGCUGGAAAGAAAGUCAUGCAGAUAGCAUUGGGGCGUUCAGCUGCUGAUGAAGCUAAAACAGGCCUGCACAAACUUUCCAAGUUCCUUCAAGGUGACUCUGGACUGCUCUUUACUAAUCUUCCAAGGGAUGAUAUCGAAAGUCUGUUUCGAGAAUUUGAGGGGCAUGAUUUUGCAAGGACAGGAAGUACUGCAACAGAAACGGUGGAGCUUAAGGAAGGCCCUAUGGAACAUUUUACACAUGAAAUGGAACCCUUUCUACGCAAGCAAGGACUGCCAGUUCGCCUGAACAAAGGUGUUGUAGAGUUAAUUGCAGAUCAUGUGGUGUGUGAGGAAGGGAAACCCCUUUCACCAGAAGCAGCACAGACUCUGCGCUUGCUUGGGAUACAGAUGGCAACAUUCCGAAUCUACCUUGUCUGCCGCUGGUCUGCUGAUGACUUUGAAGUGUACAAAGAAGGCUUGGCGCACCUGCACGCUGAUGAUUCCUCUUGAGUUCGCCGAUUUGCAUGUCCAGUUUGCAGCGAGCACUUGCUGUCUUGUGUCCGGACAGUUUUUGAUGUUGUGCGUUCGGCCUUGUCCCCUUGAAGCGUUGUAAACCUGACAGAUGUGAUCUACACAAGUUCUGGUUUUGCAUUUCUUCUCGUGCAUCAUUUCUGAGCCAUUAGAAGGCGUAUGCUGAUUGGUACAGCAUAUCAUAUUAACGAGAUGCUAUGUUUGAUAAGUCGGUAUCUAUCUUUUAUAGUAACUGUUAUUUCUAUUGC